AUGGCGGAAUGGCUUAACGACUUCAGCUUGAAGGCUGCUAAUACGUUCUUGGGCCCCGAGGAAGACUUCACAUUCGUGUCAAAUAAAGCUGGCACUAAGCACAGAAUCGAUUUUAUUGUUACUGAUGAGGAGGUUUUUAAAAGCAUCUCUGACAUCUCCGUGGAACAUCACAUUGACUUGAUCAGGAGAGCCGAUGAUCACUUCCCUGUGCUUGGCAAGCUUGCCUGGACACGCGAGACCGUCAAAAGUGUUGGUGCUGCUACUGCCCUAGACAGGGGCAAGAUGCUCCUGGAUAGGCCAUGCGACCUGUUUAGAGAAUCCAUUCGCAACUUUCACCUUGCUGAGCGGCACGUUGACUGGAAUGUGCAGCUUCAGGACACGUGCGAGUAUGUUCGGCAGGCUGCCAAGAGAGCUUUCAAAAAGGAGGCCGUCAGAAAGGGCGAGCUUCGGGAAAGACUCGAUGAUGAUUUGAUCAGGGAAACCCCGUUGUGGCAUGAUAUCGUCGCCAUGUGGACGAGGCUCGACAAAGCUGCUGGGGACUUUCUCUGGAAGCGUUUGCACGUUGCUGAGUGGGGGUUGGAACUUGGGUGUUUUCUUAAGGGAUCCCUUGAGGUCCUCCUGCAGUCCUUAGAUAGGGACUACAGCGAUUAUCUAGAAAAGCAAGCUGUCAACAUUUCUGAGAGCAUUAAAGCCAAUGUGUCACGGGCCGAGUGGCGACAAGCUGGUAAGCUGUUGCUCCACGGAGGCCGCCGCCACAAGCAGCCCCUUGCUUUCCCUCUCAGGACGACUCCCGAAGGAGUUCCAUUGCUUUCGCCGCAGGACGACGCUGACGAUCUACAACUUCAUUUUGGCGAGAUCGAAAAAGCUCAGCCGGCUACCAGAGAGCAAAUUGUUGAGUUGUAUAACCUCAGAGGCACAGUUUUAUCUGAUGGAAACCCCCUCAGCAUUGAAAACGUGAUCCCUAGGCAAGUGUCGGAUAGAUCCCUGAGUAAAUUGAAGAGGGGGACCGCGGGCGGGCCAGAUGGUCUCGACACGGACUUGUUCCUGAUCGAACCUGAGGGCCUUGCGAGAGCCUUCCACCCGAUCCUGGGCUUCCCGAUUUUGGACCAAACCAUUGGCGAUGCUCACCUUCUGGAGCUGGUGAGGGAGUCUCAAGCGGGAGAGUUCUGGAAGGUGAGGAAUGCCUCUAGCUUCGUUCGUCCGACCCUUGGGACCCGUCCUGGGACUAUCCUUGCCACGGACGGCUUUAAUGUUGCGUUCAAACCCAUCAUCGAUGAGAUUGAGACUGAGAUGGAGACUGCUGGCAUGACAUGGAAGACCCAAGAGAGACCACUGCACUUCGCUGCUCAGAUUGACUGGCAGCACCAGGCCUGUAGCGUUUCUUUUGUGGAUGAUCUCACCCCAGUCGGGGCAGAGCCUGAUGCGAGGAAAGUUCCAGCGCAGGCCGCCAAGCUAGUUGAUAUUGUUUUUGUGGCCGUGGCCAGGUACGGACUGCGGCUCAAUGAGAGCAAGACUUUUGUUGCUUCUGGCUAUUGUGGGGAGAUGCGUCGAGAACUGCGUCCGAUACAAGUUGCGCUUGGAAAGCGGCAGGCUCUCAACACGUCUACGAAGGUCAAGUACACGGAUGCGUAUGCUCUGUCCAAGCUGCGGUAUAACGUUUGUGUGUGGAAGCCUGUUAGCAACAAGAUGCAUGCGCGCAUUGCUUGCGCGCAAGCCGCGGCCUACCGUGCCGCCCUCGGCAUCCCCUUAGCUGCCAAUGCUGAGCUCAGGAUCUCUCACAAGUCUGUUCUACGAACUGCUAAUAGGCUUGACCACCGAACGGUGAUGCGGAUAGCGCGCCUCAGGUAUCUUCCCAGAGUGUUGGGUUCUGCCCCAGCUGGGCUAAGAGUGGCCUUGGACUGUCUGUGGGAUGUGCAAGACUCGUGGGUCGCUAUCUCGAGGCAAGACUUGGAGUGGCUGAAUAGUGUGGUCAACAAGCUUGAUGUGCCCCAAUCGGGGUCAGCGGACGACUGGAUUCAAUUGGCCAGGUCUGCCAGGCGCCACUUUCUUGCUAAGGUUACGGAAGCUGCGCGCAGGCAGCUCUUUCUCCAGCACCAGAUGCAGCUUGCUCGAGAGCUUCAACACUCGGUGGCCCACUUAGGCGUUACGGUCCCUGGUGCUGGGCCUGAGGGCCCGAGUCAAACUGAAACGCCGAGUGAUUACUUUUGCUACGAGUGCGGCUUUACCUCCAGUACGGCCAGAGGGCUGGCGGUCCAUCGCAACAAGUUUCACAAAGAUGCUCGAGACCCGUCCUUGUGGGCGGCGGAGCUUGAGCAGAGCAUCCGCGAGAGUGCGCUGACUCAGAAGAAUAACCGCAAGGGGGGCAAGCAUGAGUAUUUUGUGGAAAAAGCUGCCUACCGAGCCCACGGAGUUCCAUGGGCCACCCUGUCGGAGCAGAAAAUUUGGCAUCUGCUCGAGUUUGACAGCUUCCCCUUUCUUGAUGCCGUUGCUGCCAGCCCUGCCGCCAGUGCUAUCAGGUUCGAGAGGUGCGCUGUCUCAGGUGGCGCGGAGUGGGACCCGAUCGGCAUCGUGGCAUCGUGGAUGCCGAGUCUCCGCCCGAGGGCGGGCGCGGCCGAGGCGGCCGAGGCGGCAGCCGAGGCGGGCGGCUGCUGCGAGUGGCUGCGCUGCGACCCCGGCGGCGCGGUGGGAGCGCUGCAGGUGUCCGUGGGCGAGGCCAAGUUGGCCUUCGUCUGCAUGAGGGGCGCCUGGACGCUGUGGGCCAACUGCAUCAAGGACGGCGCCCAGGUUCUCACCGAGUGCGCGGGCGUGCACAGGUACUUCGCCUUCGACGCCCCCGGGCCGUGGCCGUCCGCGGCCGGCCGCGAGCCGUGA